CGUAAAAAGCUUUAAUCGAUUGAUCGAGGAUGAAGAUCAGCCGCAUAACAAGUACCGUUUUUGGUCAAAAGUUGAUCGGAAAGUGAUAUUUAUUGCUGCAAGUGCAGCAAUCAGUGCAAUCCUGGUAGUUUUGUUAAUAAUGUUUGCAGUUCAAGGCUCCAUCCCAACUAAUAAGCCCAAAGUUAUUUCAACGUUAUCUUGUGGUCAACGUCCAGGUGCAUUCCAAAGGCCUUGGAUAGCAGAAGUUUACUUCCGGAGAGAAUCGUCUUGGUCGCGCCCGAAUAUAAUGGGGGUCAUCCUUAGCUCACGAUACAUUCUAACUCCAGCUUCCGCAUACAGUUAUUACUAUUUUUUUGGUGUCCGAGUUCUUUUCGGCGAAAUCAACCAUCCUCACACGGCAGAAGAUUCGUACUUUGCAAAUCGAACUUAUCGCGACGUAAUGAACGCCAAUUCGGUUAUUCACGAAAAUUUUGUUUUUGGCGCCAGUAGUAAGUUCAAUCUUGCUUUGUUACGUUUCGACAAGGACAUUGAUUUCAACGAUCGCAUCCAGCCAAUGUGCCUGCCGAAUGUGCGUCCAGAACCGCCGAAAGUAUUCACAAUCUUGCCGGAUGUGGUUGACGUGAACUCCACCGUGACCAGGGUGGACUUUGGUCGUUGUUCGGCAAUAUGGCAGCGGUAUAGUUUUCGCGGUAAUCUGGAGUUUUCCGAGAGUCACACGUGUGUAAAACUGGAGCGUGAGCAUGACGACUGUAACGGAAUUGAGGGAUCGCCCCUGCUGGGGAGCUUUGUGGAUCAUGGAGUGGAACGAUUUGUUCAGUAUGGGUUCAAGUACUGUGACAAUUGUACGGUUGGACUGCAGAUCUAUACCAAUGUGAGCUAUCAUUUGGAUUGGAUUUUGGAGAAGAUUAAAUCGUGAUGGUUAACAAUAAGUGAUGAGGCUUAAUUAAACCAUAAAACCUGGUAAGAAACUUAAAUUAAGAUUGCAUUUUUAUACAAUACAUCAUCUGAAAGUAAUAUCUAAACUUUAAAGUGAAUAGCAAAAG